CUUGCUUCAAGCGUGCCGAAACCUCCGUCUCUUGGUACCUAACCUGGAAAGGUACCGAGCCAUGGGCCAGGUGAGUGCGGCGCGGGCGAUUUCAGUGCGGGUUGAUGCAGGGCAGAUGACGAUCGCCCGCACCUUCCCCAUACUGUGUGCUUUUGACCUUCGAGAAGAAAGAAGCCAGGCGCCUUCGUUAACAAUGCAACUGUCUCGUGAGAGCAAUUCUUGGCUCCUAGAUGGCCACCGGAGGAAAUACUUUUGGCAUGAUGGAAUAAGGUAAAGAUAGCUGCGCGUCAGGUUGGCGUCAGAAGCCUACCUGUAAUCCGUAGUAUUGAACCCCUGAGCUCAAGGAGCUUUGACCAUCGUGCCCCGCGAGACCCUUAUCCGAGCUUGCCCCUCCAUCCCUAUCAUAUCAUCAGGAUGGCGGGGUAACAGCCUUUCAGUCAGUCGAGAUGGAUGCAAGCAAUGGAACCGUCCAUGACACGGGAGCUGGCACUGCUUUUCCAAGGUAGUAC